AUCAAUCUCUGCGUCAUUUUCGAUCCCAAAUUGUCCAUACAGCAAGCACAAUGCCGUUCGCUCUCGCCUCCUGCUCCAUCGGCCUUCCCAAACACACGCUCCACCAAAAGAUCGAAGCCAUCCGUCACGCCGGCUUCGACGGCAUCGAGCUCUCCUUCCCCGACCUCCAGUCCUACGCCAACCUGCACUUCGGCCGCGACAUUGCCGAAGACGACUACGACACCCUCUGCGAAGCCGGGCAAGCAGUUCGAACCCUCGUCGAGCGCCACAACCUCAAGAUCUUCGUCCUACAGCCCUUCUCCAACUUUGAAGGAUGGCCCGAGGGCAGCAAGAAGCGUGAGGACGCCUUUGCGCGUGCAAGAGGAUGGAUAAGAAUUAUGGAAGCAGUGGGGACGGACAUGCUCCAGGUUGGCUCGUCCGAUUCCGAGGGCAUCGCCACCGAUCCCGAGCGAGUGGCAGCCGAUCUUCGAGAGUUGGCGGACAUGCUGGCCGAGAAGGGGUUCAAGCUUGCGUAUGAGAACUGGUGCUGGUCCACGCACGCCCCAAAAUGGUCGGAUGUUUGGAACAUUGUGCAAAAGGUGGACAGGCCCAACGUCGGACUGUGCCUUGAUACGUUCCAGUCCGCUGGAGGGGAGUGGGGAGAUCCUACAACUGAGUCUGGCAGGAUCGAGACGCCGGCCAUCACGGAGAUGGAGUUGUCUGUCAGAUACAGAGCUAGCUUAAAGGAGUUGGCCGAGACAGUGCCGGCCGACAAGAUCUUCUUCUUCCAGAUCAGCGAUGCGUACAAGGUCCAGCCACCGUUGGAUGACAAGCCCGAUCCGGAGUCGGGAUUGCGGCCGAGGGGGCGUUGGAGUCACGACUAUCGUCCGCUUCCCUACGACGGUGGUUACCUCCCCAUUGAGCAGUUUGCCAAAGCAGUGUUAGACACGGGCUUCAAGGGAUGGUUCAGCGUGGAAGUGUUUGACGGGAAGUUUGAGGAGAAGUUUGGCCAGGACUUGAACAAGUAUGCUCAGAAGGCGAUGGAUUCCUGCAAGGAGUUACUCUCAAAAGCGAAGGAAAAGGAGACCCAGUGAAUGUCAUAAAGACAACUACGGCACUUCUUACCUUACAGGACACCCCACGAUUAGACACAGCGAAUCUUGUUAGCCAUUAUUCUCUCUCUUUC